AUGUCAGCAAAUUUACAGACUAAACUUGAUUCUGCAUUCAAUGACAUUCUACGAACUGCCGGUUUCAUCUUUGAAAUCAUCAACAACAAUGAAAAGCAAAACCGACUAAUCACGGGACCAAACAACCAGCUUAUUCAACCUACGAUUAUCCAACAAUUGACUAACCAUAUAAACAAGUUUGAUGACAUUUUAGACGAAACGGUAUUUAAAUUCAAUGAUGCUAAAUGGUGUAUCGACACUAUGAUUGAGAAUAAACAAAAACAACAGGAGAUGAAAAUCAAAGAGGAAUUGGAAAGGCAAAGGAGAGAAGCAGAGGAAGCAAAGCGAUUGAAAGAAGAGGCCGAGGCAAAAAAGAAAGCUGAGGCUGAAGCAGCUGCAAAGGCUAAGCUUGAGGCAGAAGCUAGAGCCAAGGCAGAAGCUGAGGCAAAAGCUCAAGCAGAAAAGGAAAAAGCUGAAGCAGAGCGACUAAAGAAAGAAGAAGAGGAAAGAGAAGCGGCUCGAAGGGCAAAGGAAGAGAAAGAGGAGGAGGAAAGAAGGAACCGAGAAGCCAUUUCCCAGCAGCAACAACAACAACAGCAACAGCAGCAACAACAAGAUUUGGGACAAUCACUACAGUCGAACCAAUAUAAUAAUUUCGAUGACUUUAUUGGCUUUGACAUGAAUGACUUACAAGGAGUUGGAAACGAUGAUGGAAAUCAAAAUGACGACUUUUUAUCAUCAAUCAACUACAACGACUUGAAUCUAGAUAUGCCUAUGGGGAGUAGCGGCAUUGGAGGUAGCGGAGGCAAUGGUGGUGAAGCUGUGCAAAAUGGCGGAAACAAUGUUUUUGAUGACAUGGAUAUUGAUAAUGACAUGAAUUUUUCACAACAACAAACUGAUGAUUUGUUCAAAACGCCUGCGGAUGACCCUAUAUCCAAAACCACGGGCGAAGCUACAAGUUCUGGUGCUGGUGCUGGUGCCAAUGCCGGUGCAAAUGUUAGUAAUAAUAUCAAUAAUAAUAACAAUAAUAACAACAACAGCAGCAACAAUAGUAAUACAACCAACACCGCUGCCGCCAACAACAACAACAAUAACAAUAGUACCAAAAACAGUGAGCAAAAGAAUGGAGGAGGCCAACCUGCAGCUCAGAACGACAAUCUUGAAGAAAUGGACUUGGACAUGAAUAAUCUUUUGGGUAAUGAUGAGCUGAUCCUCGAUGGAUUAAACAUGAGCUUAUUGGAUGCCGGACUCGAAGGCGAGGACGAUUCUAGUAAUAUGAAUAUGAACCAAAUGGGUGAUGAGUUUGAUGUUGACAACUUUUUGAAUCAAUUUAGUAGUUAG